AUGCCUCUAUACACGCCAGACGAAGCUACUCCUGUUCCAACCGUCCAAGUCCCCAACGAACGCUCGACAGCCAACGUGCCUCGACCUCCAACGAUGCAAGGCUUGCCUGCCCCACCACCCUCGAUUGGCUAUGAUGUCAACGAGUUUCGAAGGUUUUUUAAAUUCGGUCUCGACCAACUCCAGAAUAACAAUAAAUAUAUCAUCAACGAUCUCACCACCCUAGCUAGUGUCUACCACCAUCGUAUGUCAACCUACAUAGUCAAGGAUAUCGAACAGCACAUUCGAAAUAGCCAUCCUGCUCAUAGAUUGAUUGGAUUUUACGUGUUGGAUUCAAUCUGCAAAAAUUUAGGCCAUCCGUUUCCGGAGCUAUUCAAACCAUUCAUUGAACGAUUGUUCUUGAUUGCUUAUCGAGAUAUUGAAGACGUCGAUCCAAUCACCAAGGUCAAAUUCGAAGAGCUAUUAGGAACGUGGAGAACGGGAUCGGCCAACCAAACCGAACUCUUUGAUCCGGAUAUCCAGAGAAGAAUCGAAGAAAGCGUAUUCGGUAACUGGCGGCGAGACGAUUCAAUCGCCAGCCAAGCAUUCCUCAAUGGGAUCAAACAGCAACCAGCAAUUGCCACACCAGCCGAAAAGGCUAGCAUAUUGUUUGAUGUACGCAGAAUCUUGUCGGAACGCGAACAGGUCGCUGCAGCUUAUCCAGGCGACCAAACUAACCUGGCUCAAAUUGCCACUCUCCAACAACUUGAACAACUAAUCGCGACUCAGCAACUCACCAUCAGCCAAGUUGAUGACAUUCGAAAACAGCUACAGCCCCUCAAAGCCACCAUCCUACCGUCUGCCCCAGUUGAGUGUGGCAUUCCACCAUCACAUCUACCGGCAGUUCUACCUCAGAUGGCACCUUUACCUACCUCUCUCCCUCACCCGAUUCAAUCUUACGGAGACUCUGAAUCGCUUGCUAGUCUUGCCAGACUUCUAGAAACCAAUCCAAAUGUCCUCCUCCAGGCAGUCAAUCAGUCGUCACAUCAUGUUCCCCAACAUCCUUCAAUCCCGCAGCAUCAAAGCCCCUUCAACUUUGAUUCAACUGGCCAACUGGGGUUUGAUAAUGUAGCCCAGCAUCCACCGCCCAUAAUUACUUCAUCAGCCCCUCAGCUUGAACAAGAACCGCCAAUUCCGAAUAUGUUUGACAGCCAACAACUGGCUGCCGCUCUUGCUUAUCUCAAUCCGACAGCUCACAACAGUUCGUUACCCGAAUUCGGUACUGAAGAGCGGCCAAUCGAGAUUCCCCAUCAACCCAGCCCCGCGCCAUCCACGCUCAGCACCAGUGAAAGUCUCCCGGCCUCUCAAACAGAUCCAGCUAUAGUGGAAUACGAAAACAUGAUCGCCGGAUUACCAAUAGAGCUUCAAAAUUCGUCCAUUAAUCGCGUCAAACCAGCAGAGAUUGCUGACGUUCUUUAUUCACAUAUACCUCAGUUCUGUCGUCAGGAUGGGAGUCGUUUCUUGCGUGGAAAGAUUGGAAGUCAGCGGGCCUCAGAACAACUUGACCGACACUUUCGACUGCAGCGGCGGGUACGUGAGUCAGGGCAGCGUGCGCAACAGAGGAUGUGGUCUCAAUUACGAUCAGAAUGGUUAGAUUCCCACGAUUUCGGCACCGCUGGAAAUGGGCAGAACUCUCAGGCCGAGGGCAGUCAGCAAAAUAAAAGAAAAUCGAUGGAAGACGAAAAAUCGGUAACUGAACUUUCGAAGAAGUCGAUCAUCCGACCGAGUUCACCGGGCCUUGCUAGCCAACCGUGUCCGAUCUGUCAAGAGUCAUUCGAGACUCGAUUCGAUGAGGAUGAGGGUGAAUUCUACUGGACGAAUGCGAUCGAGCUGACGAGAGAGGCCGGCAAGCGAGUGGUCUAUCACGCGACUUGUCAUUACGAGACGAUUCGGAACAAAGCUCGGAUGAAGAUCAAGUCGGAACUGGAGGAGAACCGACUGAAGAGAAUCCAAAUGGAAGCCGAUCGGAAGAUUAAGAUUGAGAGUGGAAACAUAGAGCAAGCUAAUGGAGUUGAACCUGAUCAGGUGGGAGAGGUUGGUAAUACUUGUAAUAAUGAUAAUCAAUCAGUCGGCUCCACUGGUGAUGGUGAUAACUGUCUACUUCAGAUUGAUGAAACAUUUCCUACAGAGAGUUCCCACUGUUUGAAAAAACAAAGAAUUAAUUCCCCCCCUGCAAAGGCGCCUUCAUGA